AUCAUUGCUUUGGGAUAGGCCAUAAUAACCACCCAACAAGGCGUUGUGCUACACUCUGGGGGGGAAUACAGAACCGAACCGAGAAUAAUAAUGGUUCUGGUUUAGUUCUUAGUCGAGGUAAAUGCAGAAAAAUGCCCGGAAAGUCGAUGCAAGCGGGGAAUUAUUGCAUAUCGGGCUUUUAACGUUGGGCGCUGACGUCGAGCCGUGCGUAAUGAGCAGAGUUGGAAAAAGAAGGUGUUGAGCUGCAUUUUUUUUCUUGUCUGCCACAGAUAAGUUAGAUCACAGUGUUACUGGAACUACGAUGUGAUACGAAGAAAAAUGAUGCCCACGAAGGUCUUCGCUUUCGGGCAUGGCAGCCUGGCUCCGGGGCUCUGAGGAUGCUUCAGAGGAUUCAUGCCUGACCCACAACUGAGGCUAGAAAUGAAUACGUGGUCUGAGCAGAAUGACUCAGCAAGAGGGGGGACCCCCAAGUAGCAAGUGAUGAGAAAUAAGGAUGGGGGCCAAUGGAUCCAGCUAUCCACACUCAUGCUCCCCGCGCAUAGGGGGGAAUACACAGGCUCAGCAGACUUUUAUAGGUACCUCAUCUUACUCUCAGCAGGGAUAUGGCUGGGAGUCAAAGCUGUAUAGCCUGGAGCACGGCCAUGAGCGGCCUGCAGACAGGAAGAAGAAAAGCCUCGGUCUGGCAACUCUCAAACGGAGGUUCAUCAAAAGGAGGAAGUCGAGCCGCUCAGCAGAUCAUGCACGGCAGAUGCGGGAACUUUUGUCGGGCUGGGACGUCCGCGACACAAACGCCCUGGUGGAGGAGUACGAGGGAACAGCAGCGCUCAAGGAGCUGAGCUUCCAGGCCAGCCUUGCUCGUGCUGAGGCCCCCAGCUUGCAUCGGGAUCUGGCUGCACUCUACCAGCACAAGUACUGCACUGAUGUCGACCUGAUCUUCCAGAGUACGUGUUUCCCAGCCCACCGUGCCAUCCUGGCUGCCCGCUGCCCCUUUUUCAAAACGUUGCUUUCCUCGUCUCCCGUUUACGGAGCAGAGGUUCUCAUGGACAUCGACACAGCUGGCAUUGAUGUGCGCAUGUUCUCUGCACUGCUUCACUACUUGUACACGGGGGAGUUCGGGGUGGGUGGAGCAGAGGACACCAGAUUGCAAAAUGUGGAUGUACUGGUUCAGCUCAGCGAGGAGUUUGGAACGCCAAACUCCCUGGAGGCUGACAUGAAGGGCUUGUUUGACUAUAUGUGCUACUACGAUGCUCUGCUUAGCUUUUCGUCCGACUCUGAGAUGAUUGAGAGCUGUAAUGAAAGAGGAGCUGUGGCUGCAGCACCAACAGGGGGCUCAGGAGCCAGUGGGGCACCCGAGACCCCAGAAGAGGACCUCAGGGCUCACAAGGCUAUCCUCUCAGCACGCUCCCCUUUCUUUAGAAACCUUCUGCAGAGACGCAUUCGCACAGGAGAGGAAAUAACAGAGCGCACAUUGCACACACACACCCGGAUCGUACUGGAUGAGUCCAUCAUCCCACGGAAAUACGUGCAGGUCAUUCUCCACUGCAUGUACACCGAUGUGGUCGACCUCGGGCUGGUGCUGCGCGGCAGCCCUUCAGCGUGCAGCCUGGGUGAGGUGCAGGCCCUUGUUUCAGGGGGCCGGGGCGCCAGCACACGCACCGAAGAGGCCAUGGAGCUGUACCACAUUGCUCUGUUUUUGGAGUUCAGCAUGCUAGCUCAAGGAUGUGAAGACAUUAUAAUUGAAAGUUUGUCUCUGGACUCCCUCGUCCCCAUCCUGAAGUGGAGCUCCCAGCCGUACGGCUCCAAAUGGGUCCACAGGCAGGCCAUGCACUUCCUGUGUGAGGAGUUCAGUCAGGUCGUCACCUCUGAUGUUCUCUACGAGCUCGGCAAAGAACACCUUCUCAGCGCAAUUCAGUCCGACUACCUUCAGGCCAGUGAGCAGGACAUUCUCAAGUAUGUGGUUAAGUGGGGCGAGCAGCAGCUUAUUAAGAGGAUGGCAGACCGGGAGCCCAACCUGUUGAGCGGCACCGCGCACAGCGUCAAUAAGAGAGGAGUAAAACGGCGAGACCUGGACGUGGAGGAGCUGAAGGAGAUCCUGUCCCCCCUCCUGCCCUUCAUCAGAACGGAGCACAUCCUGCCUCCCAACAGUGACGUCCUCUCCGAUGCGCUCAAGAGGGGUUUGAUCAGCACCCCUCCUUCGGACAUGCUGCCCACAGCCGAGGGAGGAAAAUCUAACGCCUGGUUACGGCAGAAGAACGCAGGAAUCUACGUGCGUCCGCGACUCUUCUCUCCCUACGUCGAUGAGGCUAAGUCUGUGCUCGAUGAGAUGAUGGUGGAGCAGACAGAUCUGGUGCGUUUGCGACUGGUGCGCAUGUCCAACGUACCAGACACACUCUACAUGGUCAACAACGCCGUUCCUCAGUGCUGUCACAUGAUCAACCACCAACAGAUGGCUGGCGGCUCCGGCACAGCCCCAUCGGUUGUGGCUAAUGAAAUCCCAGUGCCACCGCUGUCUGUAGUGAAGGAUAUGAUCCGGAGGCUGCACGAGCUGAGGCACACGGAGCAGGUCCAGAGAGCUUAUGCUCUGAAUUGUGGUGAAGGAGCCACAGUCAGCUACGAGCUGCAGCUCCGGGUGCUGAGAGAGUUUGGUCUGGCAGAUGGAGCCACUGAGCUUCUGCAGAACCCCUCCAAGUUCUUCCCAGAUGAGCGCUUUGGAGAUGAGAGUCCAAUUCUGGCCUUACGCCAGGUGGGUCGUUGUCGGGUAAACAGCAGUCCAGCCAUGGAUAGCAUGAUAACAGAGCUGGAAGGGGUAGCAGGCUUCCACCCACCCCUGCCUCCCCCACCGCCCCCCUAUCACCCUCCUGCUACUCCCAGCCAUGCCCAGCUCAAGGGUGCCUGGCGACCUCGAGUGCCCCUGCUGACUCCCACUCGUUCCUUCUCCUACCCAUGCAACCGCACUCUGAUUCAGCGCCAUGCAGCCUCCAAGCAUGGCAGCUCAGAGUACCAGUCUGUGGCCAGGCCCCAGCCCCCGGACUGCACCAACCCACAGGCGAUGGGCCGGACUCUGCUCUCAGAGCAGCAGGCGGUGAGUGUGGAGCCGGUGAUGAGGGAGUUCAUGCCUGACAUUGCUCUUGGCGUCUCAGUCAUGUCCCUGAGGGAGCAGCACAUGGCAGAGAUUGACAGAGAUGGCCCUCACAGCCCUAUGGGACCUCCGGGCAACCAUCUGCACCAUGGGCCCUGUCCCUCUGCUCGUCUUAACCAUGCUUACGGCCCAGGGCAUGGACACUCCUGCAAGAGGCACGCUCCAGAACCCAAACUGGAAGCUCAAGCUGAGUUUCCUGACCUGUAUGACUUCUCUUGUCGACCUGCAACCCCGACCUCCUCCCACCCUCUGCCCACCUUUGCAGGACCCGAUCUCUACAGCCACAGCUGCGGUCCACCCGGCUCCUAUCCUCCCCAGUAUGUCUCUGACUGCCAGCCCCACGGCCACACGCAGGGACGGACUGCUGCAGACCCCCUACGGCUAGACGUUCUCAGUAUAAAGACUCAGAGGCAUGAUGGAGUCCUUGCCAGCCCUUCUGGAGCUCAGCCAAGGACACCACAGUAUCCGAAGGGGCGACCUAAUGAAACAGACCUGACUCACGGAUUAGGACACUUGCGGUCCCCUAGUGGAAACAUGGACAGCUACGGAGACAGGCACAUAGGACCUAGAGAUGCUCUGGAAGAAAUGGUUCUUGGUGGAGAAUCGUCAGGCCUAGGGUCGCUGCAGCAGUCUCACAGGAACAGUGUCAGCGAGGAGCUCGUCAGAGACCGCAGGUCACCCAGCAAACCUGACUACCCUUAUAAGAAAUCUGCACUUUAACCCCAGCUCUGGGCGAGGGGGUUGAGUUAAGAAAGGUGUGUGUGUGUGUGUUUGGGAGGAGCAGGGGAAAGGGGUUGUAGAUGUUGCUAUUUAUAGACUCUGUCCUUUUGUCCUACCUCUAUCACACUGUGCUAUCCAUCACACAGAUGUAUGGAAAUGGUAAGUCGGUGUGCGGUUGGUGUAAGUCUGCCCGGACCUGCUGGUUUAGGGGAUUAUCUGGAAUCUCCUCGGAUGGAAUAAUCUACAGACUUUGAUUGCUAAGAAGGAGCUUGGCUGUGUGAAUUGGCCUCAACAUUUGCAGAGCUCAGUAAAUGAACUGAUGACUGAACAAAGACUUUAUUGGUUGGUCCUGUUGUUUCCUGCAGAUAGUGCAGAGAUUAGAGGAUCAGAAUCUCCGUUUACAGAGCAGAAUAAUGGCACACUAACCAGGACUAAUGAAAAUGAUCAUGUAAAUACACCAGAUUUAGCUCGUUUGCUCCCGUUCCUUCCUGUAGCACAUCUGUGAGCCAAGCAGAUUCUCCCUCCUGACCCCACACAGCUGAUCUGGAACGGGCUGAGACUUUGACACACAAAGCAGGAAUCUGAUCCGACAGGAAGUAGGUCAUGACAGCUCGCCACUUCCCAGGAACAGAGUCUGAUAGUAACUAUCCCAGCCUUUGUUAAAAGGCAGCAGCUGGGUGGGGUCGCAGGGAACAAAAAGCGUAUUCUUUGCAGAUACAGUAGGGAAAUACAAGGGUGCCACAGUGACUGACCUAGAGCGAUUAAACGGCUUGCAGCUGGAGCAGGUGUGUGUGAGUGUGUGUGUGCAUGGGUAGCUUUGAUGCACACAGGUGUUAAGACAAUCUCAGUACUGUACACGCCCAAUAUAGCCAGGUCUUUGUACAUAUCAGAGGGGAAACCGGAGCAGAGCGUUUCAUGUUUGGCAUCGAUUAAUCCAGUUUAAAGCCUUAACAAGUGCUUAGAAUAUUCAGUUUUAACUCGUUUUAAACGCAACAUAAUCAUUUCACGUCACUACAAACUCACACACCAUGUUUUACUGGAGGUGGCGUGGUGUAAAUACCAGGCCUCGUCCAACAUAGAUAUGCAGAAGCAGUGCUGAUACUGUUAUAUUGUUUUAAAAAGCUCCAGGAGCCUGCAGAGCCACACAUCUGACCCUGUUAUCGCUGGUAGAAAACAUCACGAGUAUCUUUGCACUGGUGGAGCACCUGGGUGUUUAGACGGGAAGAAACGAAUGAAUCUCCAACAGUCAGCGACCGCUUGCACAUAUCACCAAUGGAAACUGUAAAUAUCUAAUGGGUUUAGUUCAAUGCGUUCUGGUGAACUUUUAAAUGGUUUUUGUCACAUUUUAGUGGUUGUUGAAGGUCUUUUUUUUUUACCUUCGUGGACAGCACUGUGUAUUUGUCAUGAAACGUCACUAAGAAUGUGCGCUAGAAAAUCCAUCAAACGGACCGUGUUCUGCUUUUUGGAGCCGUUUGUUUUUAUUGUUGUGGAUUUCAACAUUUGUAGAGCCCUCCCCCCCCUUCGGCUCGUUUUUCCAUAAACGUAACAAGCUGAUGAUCUAAAAAAAGACUUGCUGCCUGCUUUGUGACCAUGAGUUCGCCAAGCAGAAAAACAUCCUUUCCAUCCAAGUUGAUUCAUGGUGAAAGAAUGCAUAACUCCAGAUCCCCCCCACCCCCCCAUGUCGGGUAGCUUUUUUUUUUAUUUUUAUUUUCCAGAACGUUCCAUCGAGUCUUUGCUAUAUUGGAGUCAGUGCCUUCCCCUGCCUGCGGCUGGGCUUCUAUUGGAGAAGUGACUUUGACGUCUAUGCAAGCUCUUUUCUACCAGCAUGCAUCAAGUAGUUCUUGAAAAUCUCAUGUAGCUUGUUUUGUGUAUAUAGUGUUAUUUAGCAACCUUUUGGAAGGAAAACAAAAACAGAACCAUCAGAAAUGUGUGACUGCUUGUGUUGGACAUCAACAGGUACAUUGUACUUGUACGCCGUCGUAGAAAUUGUAGAUUGAUGUUAAGUUGCAUUUAGUUUCACUGAAUCUAUUUUUCUACUGUCGCCUCAAAAGGUGAAUAAGUGGUCGACUUUGGCAUCCUCAAAAUAAACCGUUUAAUAUUAUGGAAAA